UGGAGAAGUGGGGUUGGGAAGCUUGGCCUCACCCUGCUGGCCGCCACCCAGUGUGCUGUAACCCAUGGGGACCCCUUGCUGCCCUGGAAGGAGACUCAGUCCUCUCCUCAGGGUCCUGCUGGCCCCAGAGCCCCUGGCGCCCAACUUCCUCUCUGCCAUGGCGGGGUGCGGUCGCCUCCAUCCCAAGCCAGGCUCUGCCACCACCCCUGGGGCCCGGCUGUGCCCAGGUGCUCCUCUGGCACCUGGACCGCUGUGUGGGUGACCUGAGCUUCGCUUCUCCUGAGGGGAAAUGGGGUGGACUGCCCGUCUUCCCAGGGCUGCCUCAGGUUGUGACACUGUUACAUAUGGGGCUGAUGGCUUUAGGGACUUUCAUGCACUAAUUCCCAAAGCUUUCUCUCCCAGUAAUGUUAAAGUAGAGACUCAGAGUGAUGAAGAGAAUGGGCGUGGCUGUGAAGUGAAUGGGGAAGAAUGUGCGGAGGAUUUACGAAUGCUUGAUGCCUCGGGAGAGAAAAUGAAUGGCUCUCACAGGGACCAAGGCAGCGCGGCUUUGUCGGGACUUGGAGGCAUUCGACUUCCUAACGGGAAACUCAAGUGUGAUAUCUGUGGGAUUAUCUGCAUCGGGCCCAAUGUGCUCAUGGUUCACAAGAGGAGCCACACUGGAGAGCGACCCUUCCAGUGUAAUCAGUGCGGGGCCUCCUUCACCCAGAAAGGGAACCUGCUCCGACACAUCAAGCUGCACUCCGGGGAGAAGCCCUUCAAGUGCCACCUCUGCAACUAUGCCUGCCGCCGGAGGGACGCCCUCACCGGCCACCUGCGGACACACUCCGUUGGUAAACCUCACAAAUGUGGAUAUUGUGGCCGAAGCUAUAAACAGCGAAGCUCUUUAGAGGAACAUAAAGAGCGCUGCCACAACUACUUGGAAAGCAUGGGCCUUCCAGGCACACUGUACCCAGUCAUUAAAGAAGAAACUAAUCACAGUGAGAUGGCAGAAGACCUGUGCAAGAUAGGAUCAGAGAGAUCCCUCGUGCUGGACAGAAUAGCAAGUAACGUCGCCAAACGUAAGAGUUCUAUGCCUCAGAAAUUUCUUGGGGACAAGUGCCUGUCCGACCUGCCCUACGACAGCAGUGGCAGCUACGAGAAGGAGAAUGACAUGAUGACUUCGCAUGUGAUGGACCAGGCCAUCAACAACGCCAUCAGCUACCUGGGCGCCGAGUCCCUGCGGCCCUUGGUGCAGACACCGCCCGGGGGCUCCGAGGUGGUGCCGGUCAUCAGCCCGCUGUACCCGCUGCACAAGCCCGGGCCCGAGGGGCCCCCGCGGCCACCACCCUCGGCGCAGGACAGCGCAGUGGAGAACUUGCUGCUGCUGUCCAAGGCCAAGUGCGCAGCAUCGGAGCGCGAGGCAUCACCAAGCAACAGCUGCCAAGACUCCACGGACACGGAGAGCAACGCCGAGGAGCAGCGAGGUGGUCUCAUCUACCUGAGCAGCCACCUGGGCCCCCAUGCGCGCAACGGGCUGGCACUCAAGGAGGAGCAGCGGGCCUUCGAGGGCGCGCAUGACGCCUUCCGCGUGCUCAGCACAAGCGGCGAGCAGGUCAAGGCCUACAGGUGUGAACACUGCCGCGUGCUCUUCCUCGACCACGUCAUGUACACCAUCCACAUGGGCUGCCACGGCUUCCGCGACCCCUUCGAGUGCAACAUGUGUGGCUACCACAGCCAGGACAGGUACGAGUUCUCCUCACACAUCACGCGUGGCGAACACCGCUUCCCCAUGAGCUAAGCACCCGCCAGCUGCCCAGCGCGCUGCCCGCCUACCUUGCCUCCUGCCCACCGGACUGCUGGGCGUGCGUUUGUACACGGCUUCCAUCUUCCUGUGAACUUGGUUGGCUGGGGUCAGUUGAUUUGCUUGGAAGCGCAAGCAUUCCCUUGUCAGUAGACGCAGAGUUGCAUUGGACGCACCCAGAACUUCCCUCUUGCUGGAAGUUUCUGUAGACCCCCAGCUGAAGCCCCCUCACCCGUGACUCCCUAGCUUCCCCUUCUCCACAAGUGAGUCCGAAUUUUCCGAGAGAAUUAAAUAAAAUACGGCAGAGCCUGGGAAGGAGCGAGGUUGUCCCCUGCUCUGGUGUCCUCCGUGGCCCCAAAGCAGUGAGCAGAGUCCCUGGGUGUGGCAUCCCCCAGCUUGGCAGAAGAGCCAAGACCACCAGGUCUGCAGCUGCCUGGGGGACAGAGCCAGCUGCUCGUGCCGCCAAGACCUCAGCCACCUGCGUCUAGGGUGGAAAGCUGCCAUGUGGAAGAGAUGAUGCGAGGCCAUCACUGCGUGGGAAAUAAACUGGGUCACAUGCUGGGUAACUUGGGCAUGGGUGGGGCAGGACUGAGAGCCUCACAGACCGUCUUCUGGUUUCCAGGCCUCCCAAGCUUCCCUGUGUGAGGUGAACGAGCCCAGUGGCCCUGAGGACAAAUACAGGGAGCCCUGUUCUUUCUCAUUUUUUAUCCCGUUAACACCCCAAACUCUAUGACUACACUUUAACCACCAGCCAUGGGAUUUGAACCUUUGUUCUCUUUGAACCUCUCCAAUAGUCAGCUUCCUCUGAAAUCAGAGCUUCCCUCCAGCCCCAUACUCCCUUUUUGGUGUCUCUGUUCCUUCCUGGCUGGUUCUACCAGAGCCCAGAGCCCAUCACCCUGCCCACGUCAUCCUUGCCCCAUGACGGGCUCUCUGAGCACUGUCCCCCACCCAGCUCUCCCCUGCACCACUGUGGUGUGAGAAUAUGGAGAGAAGACUUCGUUUGACCACUCAUUCUUAGAUCAAGGGAAGAUGGGGAGCCCAGCACUGCAGUUGCCAGCACAUACAACUGCCCUGUCUGAAGCUCAGUGCUGAAGUUCAGAAACUGUGCCAUGGAUGAGGUAGUGUAGAUGCUCACAGAAUUGGAAGCAUGGACCUUGCAGCCUUUGUUCUUGUAGGGCAGUCAUGUGACUUGCCCAGACUGUGAAGCCCACCUGGUCUCACAGGAAGGGCACUGGGGCUGGAGAGGAGGACCCAGUACAGCAAGGUGCCCCCCUCCCUCCGGGCAGCUUGGGAGAGGUGCUCGUGUCUCCUUGCUCAAGAUGAACCCUGUCGUUGAGGUCAUUACUGUCCACCACCUUUGCAGAAAAAGCGCCCGUGGUUAUGGACAUGCAUAGUAUUUGUCUUCACCCGACUGUCCAAAGUGAGCACGAGGAAGUAGAGGGGGACUGUGGGCAAGCACCUCCACAUUCAGUCUCAACCAGGGUUCUUCAUGUCAGACAUGGUAGUCUUCUGGCUCCCUCCUGAGGGGUUUCUCCUGUGCACUGGGGUACACAGGAACAGCCCAGUCAGUGCCAAGGGAACCCCCUAGUUGGCAUCUGGAAAUGUCUCCCCAGGGGGCAAACUCUUCAGUGAUCUCAGUGAAUCCUAGUCCAGUGGGGGUGUGGGAAGCUUCCCAAAGACAGAAAGUUUCCCCGUCAGCAAGCUGCAGCCAGACCCGUGCUCUUUUGUUCAGAUCAUAAAUCCAGCAAAUGAAUUAUUCACUUUCAGUGUUCACAAAUACACUUCCUCACAGCACUUGAGUUGUGUUAAAGGGGCUCCUGUUCUUGAGUCAGCUUUCUUUGCUUCCAGAAUGGUGUGUAGCUGGAAAUAAAAUUGCAAUGGUAACAAUGUAGCCUCUGCCACAAGGAUACUGGAGUGAAGGAAGAGAUAGAGGAACCAAGGCUGGGGAGAGCUUUGGUUUAACAUUCAGUUACAGGGACAGACACCUCACCUUGUCCAAAUCCAUACAUUCAAGGUGAGGCCUCCUGGGACUGACUUGUGGUGGCUGGCAGACUUCACCUUUCCUAUUCUCUGUCAUGUGUCCCAGUCACUUGGCUAAGGGAAUUCUUUUUCUAGUGAUGUUCAACAAAGCUUAAAUAGUCUGUAAAUAGUCUCAGCAGGACCUCUCUAAUUGUCUUUCUUUCUCUCUCUCUCUCUCUCUCUCUCUCUCUCUCUCUCUUUCUUUCU